AUGCGGUGUACCACAGCUUCCAAGUUUCUUACUCUCUGCUUGGCUUUUGGCGCUUCGGCUCGGGCUAAGAGAUCGGAUGACCUGUCCGUGCAGGUUGGGCACCAUGUUGUCUUCUCCUAUCCGGGUCUCAACCCACCGACUCAUCUUUUCGAUUUGAUCAAGAAAGGCAAAGUGGGUGGUAUCAUCCUCUUUGGGGAGAAUGUCGCCGACAAUAUCAGCACCAUCAUCAGUGACUUUCAAGAUGCCUACAAGCAGAGCAACGUAUAUUCAGGAAGCCCUCUGUUGAUUAUGACCGACCAAGAAGGAGGAAUAGUCCGACGGCUACCCGGUGGACCAGUUCAGAGCGCCAAACAAAUCGGCCAGUCGGCUGACCCGGGAAUGGCUGCGACACAAUCUGGCAAGUAUGCUGCAAGUACUCUCCGGGGAUACCAGGUGAACACCAACCUUGCGCCAGUCUUGGGUGUGUACCGUGAAGCGGGCGACUUUUUGGAUAACUACGGCCGCUCAUAUGGCAACACUUCUGCGCUUGUCACGACGUGCGGACCGGCAUUUAUCGGGGCGCAGCAAGCAGCCGGUAUUAUCGCAACUGCUAAGCACUUCCCCGGUCUUGGGGCGGCUGGAAAAACCGAGAACACGGACGAGGGACCCGUCACCAUUAACCUCACCUUGGAUGAGAUUCGCAUGGUGGACGAAAUCCCGUACACAAAAGCUAUUCCCACCGGCGUUGACAUGGUCAUGAACUCGUGGGCACUAUAUCCAGCUUUAGACGCUAAGUACCCGUCAGGACUUAGUAAGGCUUGGAUUCAGGAUGAGCUGCGCGGGAGACUUGGUUUCGAGGGUGUUACUAUCACUGACGCGAUCGAGGCUGGGGCUCUCCAAGCCUUUGGCGAUGAUGCAGCUCGUGGUGUCCUAGCUAGCCAGGCUGGUAUGGAUAUUAUACUAGCGUCUGCUCGGAACGUCACACAGGGAGAGGCUGUUUUUGAUGCGCUGGUGUCAGCCUUACAGGAUGGCUCGUUGUCAAAGGACUCUUUCUCCGAGGCUACGGAUCGUAUUCUAGCUCUUCGUCAGAAGAUCAGCGUGUAG